GCCUGGAUCUACAUGCUGUCAAGAAAAGGUUGCACAGUCGCGUCCUGCGGCAAAAUCGUCGUCCUCACGUCAAUGUUGGCAUCUUCACAAAAUCCAGUCAUAUCUCACUCUCCUGUAAACAUACGCACGCACUAUGGCUCGACCGAAUGUGGUUUUCGGUCCGGUGGUCUUCCUUGGCUUAUCCGUAUCCGUCGCAAGUAUGAGCCGUCGGACUCACACACGACCAAACUAUCGAGAAGCAUAUUCAACUCGUCGGCAGGCCCAUUGCGAUCGAGGAGCGAAGGCCCGAGAUCAACGAAUAUACUGCUUCAGAAGAUCUCGGAUGAUGACAGGGAACCCUUCAAAGCAACCCGCGGCGACAAAAAGCGUCGGCUUUGUAGUCAAGAUUCCCGCAGACUAUUUUCGCAAAAUUGAGAGGUUUGUAGAGGAUGGGUGGGAAGAUGACGAUCGCGAUCUCUAUGAGCACAUGACAGUACCUGCCCACCACUGGCGUGACCUUCAGGGCAGAGAUCCUGAGAUCCUGGUUACUGAUGACGGAGGGCAGUGAGUCUCGCUUUCGGGAUCUCUACGACACGGUGGUGACAAAUGGGAAUAGUAAGGCCCAUCUCGAAUGGUGGGUCCGACUUGAGGACGACUGCAAUUCUAAUGAACACGUUGAUCGCAUCACAAAGCGCAACCGACUAUCUUUUGAAGCUGUGCCGUAAUAGCCACUCCGCGUAUUUCGACGACGAAGAGCAAGAAAGAAUCAUGUACUCUCUGAUCCGCGACGACUUCUGCGUUCGUUCUAUCGAG